AGGCGGAGGACUGCAAGUGUCCGGGAGAGACAGCCCCGUAGACCUAGAGGUAAGGUACCUUCUCUAGGUACUAUUUGCAUCCUGCCCUGGACCUCCAUGACCUUCCCGUCGAUUUCGACCUCGUGUUCCCAUCAUCUGUCCCUCCCAACCGAACGCAGCGAAGCACUCCUUUCAGCGGCCUGUUACUGUCACACUCCACUGGGUCAUUGUUCUCUGCCUUACACGCGCCGCUAGAAGUACCUUAGUAUAAUGCACCCGACGACGAAUAGAAAGUAGUCCUCGACCCAGCAUAGCUGCAUCGGUACCUUGCCCGUCUGACGUCGUCGUUGGCCCGUUGUCUUCACAUGGGCAGACUGAAGCCGCAGGAAAAGCGCCCAGCCCAGCCAGCCAGACCUCCCCAAGACCAAGACCGAGACCAUUACAGAUACCUCACUGCUUCGACUAUCACGAGAACCGAUCCGACAAGACGGAGAGACUUUGGCGACGACUCUCAACCGACUGGACACAAGAGGAGCCGAACGACGCCUCGGACGCCAAGACGACGGAUUGCAUCCUCUUCAUCUCAUACGCGACGACGGCAAGACUGACGACGAUGCAUGUCAUUAUUCAUUCCAUGCGACUCUAGUUCCUCCGUUCCCGCUUCCUCUGAAGACGUGGCAUGUGGACGGCGCAGCACAGCAAUGACCGACCCAGAUGCCAGCCCAUCAUCCAACCUUCGUCCGCGCCGAGCAACCAAACAACCCGACCUCGAUUCUGACCGCCAUGAUUAUGCCUCGACAGCCAUCUCUCGCCAGGACCACCAGGUCACGACGAACCUCCCUGACGUCUCUGUGACUUCCUCGGAUCUCAACGACGUCAAGGAUGAAUACGACGACGCCAGUAUACCGCCUGAUCAGCGACUCCCCCGUUCCCAUCACCCUCGCGCCGAUGACCGAAAUUUCUCCAAAGGCGCCCUCCGUGCUCAUAAGCACAGAACGAAUGGCGCCUUUCUCCUUUCGGAUCCCGCCCUGGGCGCGCAUACUCAACAUACCCAGCUACAGUUACCCAAGAGGCAGAGCUUGUUAGAGCAUGGCAGGAAUAGGAUCACUAAGAAUGGCAUGGACAGGUCGCCUGGCCGGAACAAACUUACGGGCCCCUCAAACGAAGUAGGCUUGGGGCUUGUUCAGCGCUCAGGGUCGACAACUGAGCCAUCUGUUCGACAACCAACCUCCAUCAACGACAGUGCGGUCACGUCGAACCGCGGCUCUUCGGCGGGUGAGACGAUCAUUGGAACAAAUCCAUCCCCACGAACCAGCAUGGCGCUCCUGGAUAUGGAGUCGGCCCAUAUUGUGAACAUGGCUCUUAACCUGAGCGAGUCGAGAAGGAUAGCGUCGCGAAGGAUCGUCUCUCAGCCAGUGCCUCCAAGACUAGGACCAGUGCCGGAAAACAGUACUGGAGGAAGUCUUCGACAACACCUGCAGCAGCAGAGAAAAGUUUCGCGGAAUAUGUCACCUAGACCGGACCACUCCCCGCGCAUCGCAUCUGCACGGUCACUGCAAGCUUCAGCCGGUCUCGAAGCAUACCAGUACCACUUUUCCCAGUCGACCUUGGCGAGAGCGCAGAAGGCAAGGGAAUACUUGGGGCUGAUGGCACAAUACAGACGAUUAUUAGAACUGCUACCCCCAUUGAAGGCCGCCCCAUCAGCAACAUAUUCCACCGUUAGCCCUCCCCUGACGCCUAAUGGCCCUAACUUCCCUACAAGACCAACCACUCAUGACGCUGAAACAACGAUUGGUCGUCCUUAUAAUCCGCUGCAGUAUAUCCGCAACAGAAAGAUUCGGGCUCGUGAGAGGAAGACUUUGGAUGGAGAGGGUCAGGGCUUCAACGAUGUUGAAAGGGUUUCUGAAUGGGUUGACGAAGUAGCCAAAUGGAUCGCCAAGGGCCAGGACCGAAUUCCGGGAAACCCUUCGAUACCUCCGUUCUCUCCGACUCGUAUUCUCUCUCAGGAAAUCCCGCCCCAGUCCCUUGGCUCUAAGCCGACAACAGCAACACCCAAACUGAAACGACCACGGGUCGAUUGGGCCGUAGAUCCGGCAGAUAUGAUCGCAGACAUCUAUUGGCUUGAACAGGACGACAACAAGUUCCUUGUAGAGGAUAGGAAUUGGAAACGCCUCUUUCCCCAAGGUGGUGCCGAAAUUUACCGUUCGCUCUCAAGAGAUGAUACUCCAGGCUCAAGCAAGAUCUUUUCCAACUCCAACAGCAUCACGGCUCUAGACAAGGCUCGCACGGAACAGUCACCCCAAGUUGUGGAACCAAAGACAACACAAAAGGCGCAUCAAGAGCCACCGCACGGCUUUAGUGCCAGUCGGGCUCGAGACAAAGCGCAACAGAAACUUCGGGCGAUCAGGGAAUCCCACCAUCGAGCCAACAGCUCCAUAUACAAUCGCGAUAUUCUUCGCAUCCAUAGACGCUCCUUUUCAGAGUCGUCUGAUACAGACAGCGAUCGGAAGCGACGGGGCAGACACGGGACCAUCUCCAGUAGUGGUAAGGACAUACUGGCAAGGCAGAUGGAAGACAUGAUCGCUCAGGAGCAGAGAGAUAUCGAAGCGCAUCCUCUUUAUGACCAGGAUACGCAACAGCUGAAGCUCCCAGAUGCUGGAUUAGCGAUGUCCGAAAAGGGUCAGGAGUGGCCGCGGAUUACAUCGACCUCUGACGGGGCUGACAAUGUUGAAGGCCGCAGGCCGGCAUCUCGCUCUGAGCCGGCUGAUUUGGAAGGCUCCAAUACCAAGUACCAAGCCAAGCCAGCCCCGGCACAGGUUCUCGCUGGACGGGCUGGCGUUGGGUCACUGAGUGGCGAUGGGCGGAUUUCAACGGAUUACGAUACAUCACCGCCAUAUUCGCCUGACUUGCGGCCAGUGCAUGACGCACUAAUUCCUAGAUUCAGCACGGACAUGUCGGCAAGGUCAUCGAGACCAAGCUCACCGAUAGCGAGGUCACCGAGCAAAAACCCCCUGACCAAAGUUAGGAGCAUAUUCCGAGAUCGCAGUAACGAGCAUUUGGCUGAGCUCCCAUCACACAUCGGAAGAGACGAGAACCCCGAAUCAACGCAGUUUCUGUACGAUCGGCAACCAGUAGAGUCUCCAACCACACUAGGAUUUGGCACUGGCAUGCUUUCACCUCCCAAGCGGAAGACCUCCCGUAGUCCUCUUCGCAAAAUAGUGACAAAAGGAACCGACUCUAGCCAAAAGUCGAAUAAGAGCACAGGGAUUUACAAACUUCGGGAGGAUGGUAACAGUAGCCUGAAAGGGCUAUUCCGGGGUCAACGCAUUGAUAGUGUUUUGCGUAGUGGUGUCUCCAAAGUCAGCGAUAUGUUCUGGCGAAAAGAGGCUGCUCCAGGUCCCUCGGACAAGUAUGAUUCUUCGGAUGAGUCUGAUGCGGAGAGUCGAGGAAGGUCCAGAUCCUUACCCAGGUCGCCACCACGAAAAGUCAGUCGUAGUCCGUCUAACCACGAGAAGACGAACGGGGAGAAGAACUACCUGGAUGUUAUGCCACAGUUUGUACCCACCGCGGAAAAGCAUCAUAGCAAGUCCAAGUCCGUUGGCGGCUCGAUCGACCCGAACGGUUUGCUUAGCGCUAGUCCCCCUUCGCAACCGCUCAGCCGUCGGUCCUCCCGCUUUGAACUUCUAAAACCGCCCAAAAUCGACAUUCAGAAUGCAUCGCCGACGUCAUCUCCAGGUCCGCUGGAGAUCACUGCCUUACGUCCAUGGGGGCCUUCCGACGUACCUGACGUGGAAGGCUCGCGGAAGAGCAGCGUCAAUACAGACGUUGGUGGUGUACAAGACGCCGACGCUCGUCUGAACGCCAUGUUAUCCAUGGCUAAAGGACGUCAACUCGUCAACAGUGCCUCAGCAGGAUGCUGGUCCAUAGCCGCCGACCGAGAGAACAACGCCACUCCCGUCCCUCCCCAGACCAUCGUUUCCAAGCGGGAGAUUGCCCGAUUACGUGCGCUUCUCCUAAGCUCCGGCAUCCACGCAAUGGAAAUCGACAGGCGCGCUAAAGCCGACAAGCUCUUGAACGCCUCCAAUAAGACCGAUGACGAGAACGCCAACACCACCACCGCUAGUAGCCACAUCAACAACAACUCCCGUCUCUCCUGGCCAGACAUAGUUGCCCUCUCCCCCGACCCUUCCACUCGCCAACAGCUCCUUGUCCGCCCCAUUGCCCAGAUCGAUCUCUUCCCCGUGGCCGCCAACAUCCUCUCCACCUCCAUCCAAAACUCUGCAACGGCAUUCCAGUCCUCCGUGGCCGUCUUCCAAACACAAACCGCUCCGCGCAUGACCAACCGCGUCGAAGCGCUGCGGAGCCGAAUCAGCGGCGAGCUGACGGAGAUGACGAGGCGAGCGGCCGAGGAGGCGGAUGACGCCGGCGGCGAUCUGAUGACGCACCAGCGGCUGAAGGUGAAGAGGGUGGUGGAUAUGAUUGACCGAAUGGUGAGGAGACGGCGGAGGCGCUUUAGGUGGGUGAGGAGAGCCGGGUGGUUGGCGGUUGAGUGGGUGCUGGUGGGCUUUAUGUGGUAUGUGUGGUUUGUGGUGAUGAUUGCGAGGGUGUUGUUGGGGGUUGGGAGGGGAGUGGUUGGGGUGGGGAGGUGGUUGUUGUGGUUGUAGUGUGUUGUUGUUGUUUGUUUGUAGGAGGUGAGAGUGGCAGGUUGAGGAAGAUGGUUAGGUUUUUUCUUUUGGAUAAUUGAGGUGUCUCUGGAAGAGACAAAAGAAGUCAGUGCCGCGUGGUUUGCGGCUUCAUUUGUGUAUAUCGGGGGAGCUCGCAUAGGUCGGUUCUCUCUCAGAAAAGUAUGGAUGCUGGAAGUAGGAGGUCAUGAAUGGAUGCACGGAGCCUUUUUUUUUUUUUGUUUCAUUUGUUUAUAAUCUUGUUCGUUGCUCUCUUUUGUGUUGUUAACCUUCCGGUCUGUUGCAGCCAGGAAUCCAACAAUACCCGGGUUUUGGCUGUCGAAGAGGCCGGAUUUUGCAUAGGUAUCAAUAGAUAUUGGGGAAGGAAGGAGUUGGGUAUAGCUACAGCAGGUAAUUUAUUAGUUAGUUUCGGUGCUUGAAACACCGAUCGAGUAUAUGGGGCGACCGUGGAAGAAGGGACUGAACAUGGUCUUCACUCUUGAUGCCAUCCGAACGGCUUCGUAAUCGUAUCUGGUCCUUGC